GAGACACAAAUACAACACAAACAAUUAACACACACAAACAGAGGCUACGUACCAUCAAAUUAAUUAAGAUGGCGGAAGUGAGGAACAAACAAGUGGUUCUGAGGGACUAUGUGAGUGGUUUUCCUAAGGAAUCCGACAUGAACAUAGUUGAAGGAACCACAAUAUUGAAGCUUCCACAAGGUUCCAAUGAUGUGCUUCUAAAAAAUCUCUACCUUUCCUGUGACCCUUACAUGAGAAUGCUCAUGACCAAGGUGGAAGGCCUCGACGUGUUUGGCACCUAUACACCUGGCUCUCCAUUAACAGGGUAUGGAGUGUCCAAAGUCCUAGAAUCUGGACACCCAGAUUACAAGAAAGGUGAUUUAGUGUGGGGAUCUACAAAAUGGGAAGAAUUCAGCUUGGUGUCCCCAACUCAAAUACUUUUCAAAAUUGAGCACACCGAUGUUCCGCUUUCAUAUUAUACUGGUAUUCUUGGUAUGCCGGGAAUGACUGCAUAUGCAGGUUUCUUUGAAGUAGGCUCUCCCAAGAAAGGAGAGAAUGUUUUUGUUUCAGCUGCCUCUGGUGCUGUUGGUCAACUUGUUGGCCAAUUUGCUAAAUUGACUGAUUGUUAUGUGGUUGGAAGUGCUGGAAGUAAAGAGAAGGUGGAUCUUUUGAAGAAUAAAUUAGGAUUUGAUGAAGCCUUUAACUACAAAGAAGAGUCAGACCUCAAUGCAACUUUGAAAAGAUACUUUCCAGAAGGCAUUGACAUAUACUUUGAGAAUGUUGGGGGCAAGACACUUGAUGCAGUACUCCCAAAUAUGAGAGUUCUUGGUCGCAUACCUGUUUGUGGAAUGGUCUCACAGUACAAUCUGACACAACCUGAAGGUGUAACAAAUUUGGCAAAUCUUAUAUUUAAGCGGAUUCGAAUGCAAGGUUUUAUUGUUGGUGAAUUCUAUCACCUAUAUCCAAAAUUCUUGGAGUUUGUCCUGCCUCAUAUUAGAGAAGGGAAGGUUGUGUAUGUGGAAGAUAUUGCUGAAGGUCUUGAGAAUGGUCCUGCAGCCUUGGUUGGCCUCUAUAGUGGUCGCAAUGUUGGUAAACAAGUGGUUGUUGUUGCUCGUGACUGAAUGCAGAUGCUUUCGUUGGACAUUGCUGUCUUUUUUUAUGAUUUUGGUGUUGAAUAUUCAGGGCUCUUUGUAUGUUUUUUGCAAUCAUUUUCAAUUGUGGUAUUUGUGAUAGCAGUGUAACUUAAGCAACUCUUAGUUGAAACGUAUUCCCUGAGUGGUAUCAUAUGGUAAAGCCUUUUGUUACUUAAUUUUGUUGUGAAGAUGAGGAUACAAUUUCGUUACUUAUAA